AUGAAAAGCUCCAAUAAAUAUUUAGUAAAAAAUUAAAAAGGCAAGAAAAGAUUCAUAAAUAAAAAAGCUUUGAUACUCUAAAGAGAAAUCUUAGAUUUCAAAGAGUUAGACUUGCAAACAAUCGAGUGGUCAUCAUCAACUUCAAUCUCAAAAGAGAUGUCCAGAAGUUCAAACUCAGCAAUAAGAAAUACUAGACAAUCAAUGUCACCAGCGAGUUUAAAGAUGUUUAAUCCCAAUAAAAGUCCUGUCAGGCAAGAUUAAAGUCCUCAAUCUACUAGAAUUAUGUUUAUUUCAAGGAAUAAUAAAAAUAGAUAAACUUAAUCACAGCUUUGGUCAAAGUACUGA